AUGAAGUUUCUGAGAUUAGUGACUGAUCCCAUUGUAUCCAAACUUUUCGAACUGUUGGUUGAACCCACUCUGCGUCAGAUCAAAUAUGUAUUUAACUACAGUGACAACAUCCGCAACCUUGAAAAAGAAGUUGGAAAGCUCGAGGAUAAAAAACAAAGCGUUGAGCACACUGUGGAGGAAGCUGUUAGGCAAAAUCCAGUAGAAGUUGAAGCUGAAGUUCAGAGUUGGUUUAAUAAAGUGAAUAAUGUCACUAAAGAUGCUAGUAAAAUUCUUCUUCGACAUGAAGACAAAUCAAAGAGGAGGUGCUUCAUGGGAUUGUGUCCUAAUUUGAUCAGGCGCCACCAGAUUAGUAGAAAAGCGAGCAAAGCUUUACCAAUCGUUGUUAGAACCCGAGAAGAAGGAAAUUUUGAGAGAGUUUGCUACCGCAUCACACCACAGGGCAUAGGGGCAGUCAAAGGUUUUGAGGUCUUUGAAUCAAGAACAUCAGCUGCGGUUGAAAUCACGAAUGCUUUAAAGGAUGCUGGUGUUAAUCUCAUUGGAUUGUAUGGAAUGGGAGGCGUGGGUAAGACCACGCUAGUGAAACAGAUUGCUGCACAAGUCAGGGAAAAAGGAGUCUUCAAAUUGGUGGUUAUGGCAACUGUAAAUCAAAAUCCGGAUUUAAAAAAUGUUCAACAACAAAUUGCAGAUUGGUUAGACUACAAAUUUGAUGUGGAGUCUGUUGACGUACGAGCAGCUAGGUUGAGCGAGCGAAUCAAAAGAGAAAAGAAAAUUCUCAUAAUUCUAGAUGAUAUUUGGGCAGCAAUCAAACUGGAGGAGGUAGGAAUUCCUUAUGGCCCUGAUCAUAAAGGGAGCAAGAUACUGAUGACGUCUAGAAAUCAAUCUGUGUUGUCGGAAAUGGGAGUACAAAAAUAUGUCUUGCUUGAAGUUUUACAACAUCAAGAAGCAUGGAAUCUAUUUGAGAAAAUUGUGGGAGAUCUUAAAGAUUCCAACUUACGACAUAUAGCUAUGGAAGUCGCAGAGAGAUGCGCAGGCUUGCCCAUUUUAAUUGUACCAGUAGCGACGGGAUUGAAAAACAAGCAAAUGUUUGAAUGGAACGAUGCGUUGGAAGGGCUUAAAAAGUUUGAUGGCAAAGGAGAUGAAGCGAGAGUUUACUCGGCCCUACAGUUGAGUUACGACUUUCUGAGAGAAGAAGAGAGGUCUUUGUUCCGACUUUUUGGACAACUCGCAUCUCAUGAUGUGGUCAUCAAUGACUUGUUGAAAUAUAGCAUGGGGUUAGGCUUGUUUAAUCAACGCACCACACUGAAAGCAACAAGAGAUAGACUACUGAAAGUAAUCAGUGAUCUUAAAAUGUCUUGUUUGUUACUGGAAGGCAACAACCAUGAACGAGUCAAAAUGCAUGAUGUGGUUCACAGCUUCGCAGCCUCAAUUGCAUCCAAGCAUCAUCAUGUCUUUACUGCAGCAUAUCAAACUGAGUUGGAAGAAUGGCCGAAUAAAGACUUCUUUGAACAAUGCACAUCAAUCUCCUUGCCAUAUUGCAAUAUCCCUAAGCUUCCUGAAGUACUUGAAUGCCCAAAACUCAAGUCAUUUUUUAUGUUUGAUAAUUCCUGGCUCAAAAUCCCAGAGAAUUUAUUCAGUAGAAUGGAAGAGCUCAAAGUCUUGCAUUUGACGGGAAUGGACUUGUCACCACUGCCUUUAUCACUUCAAUACCUUGAGAACAUCCAAACAUUGUGUUUGGAUGACUGUGUUUUGGAAGACAUUUCUGCAAUCGGAGAGCUAAAACAGUUGCAAGUUCUCAGCUUCAUUCAAUCUACCAUUGUUCGGCUGCCAAGUGAAGUAAGGAAAUUGACUCGUUUGCGACUUUUGGAUUUGAGCCGAUGUCGAGAACUUGAAGUGAUUCCCCCAGAUAUCCUAUCAAGGUUAGGCCAACUGGAAGAAUUGUACAUGGGGUACGGUUUUGUGCAAUGGAAGGGUGAGGGACAUGAUGAACCAAGAAACAAUGCUAACCUGUCAGAAUUGAAGCUUUUGUCAAAGCUGUCCACUUUGGAGGUACACAUCAUGGAUGCAAAUAUCAUGCCUAAAGAUUUAUUUUCUGAAAAACUGGAAAGAUUUAGAGUUUUCAUCGGAGAUGUGUGGGAUUGGCGUGAUCUAUAUUUGGACGACCUAAAGGGUGUAAGAAGUGUGCUCGAUGAAUUAGACGACCAAGGUUUUCCUGAGUUGAAGCAUCUGCAUGUUCAAAAUAGCCUUGGUAUUCAAUAUAUCAUAGACUGGAUGAUAAUGGGCCAUUCCACUGCUUUUCCGAGGUUGGAGUCAUUAUUUAUUGACAAUUUGAAUAAUUUGGAGAAGAUCUAUUGUGGGCCUUAUAUGGUGGGGUCUUUCAGCAAUUUAAGAAAAUUAAAGGUGGGGAACUGUAAUGCAUUGAGGAGUCUCUUUUCAUUCUCUAUGUUUAAAGGCCUUGAGAAGCUUGAAAAAGUGGAUGUGAGUAGUUGCAAAAUUAUGGAAGAGAUAGUAGUUGAGGAAGGUGAAGAUGAUGAAAAAACACAGCUACGAUAUUUGAGACUGGAAAAUCUACCUCAGUUUAUAAGCUUUUGUUCCCGAGAGAAGGAAGCAACAGCUGGUGGAGGUAAUAAAGAAAUUGAAUGCGAAGACGAGACUGAGACACCAAUGCCACUUUUCAGUAGAAAGGUAUCUUUUCCUAAUUUGACUAUCCUGAUUGUGGAUGGAUGUGAUAAUUUGAAAAAUUUAUUAUCACUCUCAAGUGUUGUGCAUUUGAAAAGGCUUGAGAUAUGCAAUUGUAAGAUGAUGGAAGAAGUGAUGGUCAAAGAAGGAUUGGAAGAAGAAAUAAUGAGUAAGAUGUUACUCCAUCAACUAGAGUACCUGAGGCUCGAGAAUCUUCCAAAACUCACGCGAUUCUGCACAAGUAAUUUAGUUGAAUGUCCUGUCUUGAAAGAGCUGCGCAUACAGAAUUGCCCUCAAAUGAGGACCUUUGUCUCCAAUUAUAUGACUUCAAAUAUGGCAUCCAGCAGUGAACUUGACAUUAUAAAUUCUGCUCUCUUCGAUGAAAAGGUUGCAUUCCCCAACUUGGAGCAAUUGGAGAUUCUCAACAUGGAUAAUUUGAAGAUGAUAUGGCACAAUGAACUCCAUUCAGAUUCCUUUUGCAAAAUAAACGCACUUACUGUGGAGCACUGUGAAGAACUAAUUAAAAUUUUUCCAUCCACGUUGUUGAGAGGCCUCCGGAAUCUUCAAUUUCUGGUCAUACGUAAUUGCGAUUUACUGCAAGAGGUGUUUGAUCUCCAAGAGCUAAUAAAAAUGAAAGAAUCAGUAGCCAUUCAAUUGAGAAAUCUACACAUAGAAGGCCUUCCAAAUUUGAAGCAUGUAUGGAAUGAAGAUCCUCUGGGACUUGUGUUGUUUCAUUAUCUAAGUUCAGUGCGUGUUAGGGAUUGUCCAAAUCUAAAAUUUAUUUUCCCAGCUUCAAUAGCUAAAAAUCUGCCACAACUCAAAACACUGGAUAUAGAGAGUUCUGGGGUGGAGGAAAUUGUUCAGAAUCUGAACUGGGUAGAAACAAAUAUGGAGAACCAACCUAUGGUUAAAGUUCUGCAGCCUCAUUUCUCCUUUAGAAAGGUAUGA